GAGAAAGAAAGAGAAAGAGAGAGAUAGACUUUCCUGCGUUAUCCCGCUCCCAUUUCUUGUAUUUUUCCCGAAGCGAGGCGAUGCGACGUCGACGGGACGAGGAAAAUCGUACCGACUGACUCGCGCGACUUCUGACUGACUCCUGAUUGUAAUUGGGCAGGGCUGGUAAGUGGCGGUUACCACGAGAAGCGGCUGCUGAACGACCUGCUGGACGCGUACAACGUGCUGGAGCGGCCGGUGGGCAACGAGUCCGAUCCCCUCGUGCUGAGCUUCGGCCUCACGCUCAUGCAAAUAAUCGACGUCGACGAGAAGAAUCAGUUGCUCAUCACGAACCUUUGGCUGAAACUGGAAUGGAACGACGUGAACAUGAGAUGGAACGUCUCGGACUACGGAGGCGUACGAGACCUCAGAAUACCGCCGCAUCGGUUAUGGAAACCCGACGUUCUUAUGUACAACAGCGCCGACGAGGGUUUCGACGGCACUUACCCGACGAACGUCGUCGUAAAGAACAAUGGGACCUGCUUGUACGUGCCGCCCGGUAUAUUCAAGAGCACUUGCAAGAUAGACAUUACCUGGUUCCCCUUUGACGACCAGCGCUGCGAAAUGAAAUUCGGCUCCUGGACGUACGACGGCUUUCAGUUGGAUCUGCAGCUACAGGACGAGUCCGGGGGUGACAUCAGCAGUUUCAUCACCAACGGCGAGUGGGAUCUGUUGGGGGUGCCCGGCAAGAGAAAUGAAAUCUACUACAAUUGCUGCCCAGAACCGUACAUAGACAUCACCUUCGUCGUCAUCAUCAGAAGACGCACACUCUACUACUUCUUCAACCUGAUCGUGCCGUGCGUUCUGAUUGCCAGCAUGGCCGUCCUCGGGUUCACCCUGCCGCCCGAUUCCGGCGAGAAACUCUCCCUCGGGGUAACCAUCCUUCUGUCCCUCACUGUGUUCUUGAAUAUGGUUGCUGAGACAAUGCCAGCGACGUCCGAUGCCGUGCCGCUUUUAGGGACGUACUUCAAUUGCAUCAUGUUUAUGGUGGCCAGCAGCGUGGUCAGCACAAUUCUCAUCUUGAACUAUCAUCAUCGGAACUCUGACACCCAUGAGAUGUCUGAAUGGAUUAAGGUCGUUUUCCUGUACUGGCUGCCCUGCAUACUCCGUAUGUCAAGGCCCACCGAGAAAGAAGAGAAGGAGGUGCAAAAGUCGCAGAAACCAUCUCCGGUCACGGGCGCGAGCAAGUCGUACGGUGACCUGGAGCUCCACCAGAGGAGCAGCAAGUCCCUUCUGGCGAACGUGCUGGACCUGGAGGACAACGCGCUAGCGUCACACAACAAUCUGCUGAACAAUGUAUACAGCACGCCCGGGCCGCACCAUGCGCACACGAUGGGUCACGGCCACAGUCACAUGCAUACGACACCCCAUCAUCAUCACAGCCACGCGGCCACGACACCGCACCAUCAGCACGCGACGCCGAUGCCUCACUCGUCGUACCCCGGCCACCAGAUCAGUCACACGCCGCACCAUCAUCCGCACCCGCAGGACGCACCGACGCCGCAGGUCGAGACGAUACUCCAGAACGCGUGCUUCUGCGCCCGCUACGAACUCGUGCUAAUAUUGAAGGAAAUCAAGAUAAUAACGAACCAGCUGAAGAGUGAGGAGGAGAACACGAAGGUGACGAACGACUGGAAGUUCGCGGCGAUGGUGAUCGACAGGAUGUGCCUAAUCAUUUUUACUCUGUUCACCAUCAUCGCUACCAUCACCGUCCUGCUGUCGGCGCCGCAUAUUAUCGUCACGUGAUUCAGAAAAGCCAGGCUGCCGCCGGUGGUUCCGGGGCCGGCGAGGAAUGCUCGCCGCACGCCGUCGCCGGCGUCGACGUCGGCGUUGUUGCUGGCGUCGGCGCCGAGGUCGACGGGGACCGCAUGCGACAUCGUCCCGGUGACGCGCCCGCCCUUCCCGUCGCUCGGGGCCCGCCGGACCGGGCUCGAGAGUGCUCGUCUUCGAGUUCGUACGCCGCUUCGUUUCGGAGACCUGCGCGUUAGGAAGAAAGCAAUACGAGGAGUAACUUCGUUUCUUUACGAUAUACAUAAUACCGAUGAAAAUAAAAAUAAUAACGCUAUCGAUAAUGAGGAUAACGAUAAUAGUACUAAUAAUAAUUACGUAAUAGUAACGGUAAAUUUCAUCGUAUUAUUAUCCCACAAGGACGCCUUAGCGAAACACAUAAACACACACGUCUAGAUGGCGCGAAAGGACAAAACGGAAAAAAGAAAGAGAGAAAGAGAGAGAAAGAGAAGGAGAGAAAAUGAGAGAAAGAGGGACAAACAGAAACAAAG